AUGAGGGAAAAGAUGUAUCUUCUGGCUGUUGGGUAUUAUAGAAGUGGGGACUAUUCAAGGAGCAGACAGCUUGUUGAACGUUGUUUGGAGAUUGCGCCUGACUGGAGGCAGGCAUUGACCCUUAAGAAAACGAUUGAAGAUCGAAUUAAAAAAGAUGGAGUGAUUGGCAUAGGCAUUGCUGCUACUGCCGUUGGAGUUUUGGCUGGUGGAAUUGCAGCAGCACUGUCUCGUAAGAAAUAA